AUGGGAUUUUUUGGAGGUGUCGCAUGGGCAAUUUUGGUUGCUCGAAUUUGUCAACUAUAUCCAAAUGCUAUAGCUGGCGCGAUCGUUUCUCGAUUUUUUAGAAUUAUAUAUCAAUGGAAAUGGCCUCAUCCUGUGUUUUUAAAACCAAUUGAAGAUAGUCCUCUUAAUUUCAGAGUGUGGAAUCCAAAGAUAUAUCAUGAUGAUUUGUUUCACUUAAUGCCAAUAAUUACUCCCGCUUACCCUUCAACAUGUGCAACGCAUAAUGUAACUCAAUUCACUAAAAAAAUAAUGGAAAGAGAGUUUGGACGAGCCGUUGAGAUUAUGGAUCACAUAAUAGCCGGCACAAGAAAAUGGUCUGACCUUUUUGCAAAACAUAAUUUUUUUGGAAGAUAUCAUUAUUAUCUACAAAUUAUAAUAUUAUCUGAUUCUUCUGAAAAACAUUUGAAAUGGACUGGCAGAGUAGAAUCCAGAAUUCGUUACUUAAUAUCAAAGCUGGAAAAAAUAGAGAAUCUUGCUUUAGCACAUCCUUUUGCGAAGGGGUUUAAUAAUAUUCAUCAUUGUAUAAAUGAUCAAAUGAUGAAGGAUGUGAUGCAUGGGAUUAUUGAUUCAACAUCAAUCAAUGAUAAAAACAAUUUUGUAUUAUCGCAAAACUUACAACAUGUCUCAGACACAGCAACCAUUCGUGUUAUAUAUACUACUACUUUUUACAUUGGUUUGGAAAUCGAAAGUAAACAAUUAAAUAUUACGUGGCCGACUCAGGAAUUUAUAAAAUUAGUAAAAGGUUGGGACAAGUACGACGAAAAAUCUAUGGGUAUUAAUGUAAGAUACGUUAAAAGCGCGGAGUUACCUUCUGAGGUGUUUAAUGAUGGUGAACAUUUGUUAAUGCACAAGAAUAUUCGCUCUUGA